AUGACAGAACACAAUGUUGAGGCACCAUUGGUUAUUUUCCAGCGUCUGCGACAAAUUUCCGAGAACGGAUUCACCAAAGUUAUCAAAAGCGUCAUUCUUACUCGCAGUCAAUCCCCUGGAACCGGACUUGGGACACUGUCGAAACCCCGCCCCGGAAUCUGCGCACGGUUGCGUCGAACCUGUGUGACAACGAGUUGA